AUGGGGGGCCUGUUUAUGCUCAGGGUGGCUGUGGGCAUUUGCUCUGCCACCCUCAGCGCCUCUGCCUGGUCAGUGAACAAUUUCCUGGUAACAGGGCCCAAGGCCUACCUGACCUACACGGCCAGCGUGGCCCUGGGUGCCCAGAGUGGCAUUGAAGAGUGUAAGUUCCAGUUUGCGUGGGAACGCUGGAACUGCCCCGAAAAUGCGCUCCAGCUCUCUACUCACAACAGGAUGAGAAGCGCCACCAGGGAGACAUCCUUCAUUCACGCCAUCAGCUCUGCUGGAGUCAUGCACACCAUCACCAAGAACUGCAGCAUGGGCGACUUUGAAAACUGCGGCUGUGAUGAGUCAAAAAAGGGAAAAACAGGGGGCCAUGGCUGGAUCUGGGGAGGAUGCAGUGACAAUGUGGAAUUUGGGGAGAGGAUCUCCAAACUUUUUGUGGACAGCCUGGAGGAGGGAAAGGAUGCCAGAGCCCUGGUGAAUCUUCACAACAACAGAGCAGGCCGGCUGGCAGUGAGAGCCACCAUGAAGAGGACCUGCAAAUGUCACGGCAUCUCGGGGAGCUGCAGCGUCCAGACGUGCUGGCUGCAGCUGGCCGACUUCCGGGAGAUGGGGGACUACCUGAAGGCCAAGUACGGCCGGGCACUGAAAAUGGAGAUGGACAAGCGGCAGCUAAGAGCCGGGAACAGUGCCGAGGGCCACUGGACACCCGCUGAGGCCUUCCUUCCUAGUGCAGAGGCCGAGCUCAUCUUUUUAGAGGAAUCGCCAGAUUACUGUACCCGCAAUUCCAGCCUGGGCGUCUAUGGCACAGAGGGUCGGGAGUGUCGGCAGAAUAGCCACAACGCAUCCAGACGGGAGCAACGCAGCUGCGGGCGCCUGUGCACGGAGUGCGGCCUGCAGGUGGAAGAGAGGAGAACAGAGGCCAUCAGCAGCUGCAACUGCAGAUUCCAGUGGUGCUGCACAGUCAGGUGUGAGCAGUGUAGGCAUGUGGUGAACAAAUACUACUGCACACGCUCCCCAGGCAGGGCCUGGUCCCGGGGCCCAGGCAGCACCCGACAGCACCCCAAACUCACGCACUUAGUUGCAUGA